AGAUGAAACACUGAUAUCAGUAAUUACAAGCUGUAAGGAAUCCAUAAGCAUCCACAUUGUACAGAGUGAACUCCAGCAAGCAACACAGGCAGAUGGAACAGUCAAGGAUAAAACGAUGGGGCAACGAAGGCCAAGGAGUGGGUUACUCACAGCAACGAUGGAAUCCUUACCCUGCAGGCCCUGCUUCAAACAACCCAUAUACUUCAGAACAGAAUGUCCCACCGUUAACCCAGCCAGCCGAAGAAGUAGACAUGUCCGAGUUCCGCAAAGUGCUGCUUAAAGGAGAACCAAAAGUUUUAGGAGCCGUGCAGCUCCUCAUUGCUUUCAUUAGUAUUAUGCUGGGAUUAAUCAUGCUUCGACUGGACCAUUACAGUGAACGCUACACAUACACAUCAGCAUAUGGGUUCAAUUUUUGGAGCGUACCAUUUUUCAUCACCUCCGGAAGUCUAUCAGUCUCGGUUGAAGUCAAACAGAAUCCAACUCGAAUGUUUGUGAAAUCAUUUAUGGUCAUGAACACUGUCAGUGCACUUGAAGCUCUUGGAAGCGUCAUGAUAUAUUGUUAUGAUAUUUAUCGAUCAGAGUAUUUUGAUGCCAGUUUCUUAACAGUGGUCCUUAUUUUUGCGGUGAUUUCAAACCUGUUGGAGUUCUGUAUUGCUGUGUCGCUCUCCUACUUUGGAAAGCUUGCCAAGGAUGCGAUGUCAGUAAGGCAGGUGUAUUCAAUACCAGCCCAAUAUAGCAAUCCAAUGACAAGCGCACCAGGCCCCACACAAAGGUUUGGAGGCCCAAGCCCACAGUUCCAGCCCCAAAACUAUAACCAGCCUAGAGAAGCUGACUACAGGUUCCCAACUGCUCAGUCUGGUCUCCAAAGAACCCCAACUCUCUCUCAACACAACUACCAAGGUGCCAACGACAAUAGAAUGUUCAAUAGAUCCAAUAUAUACAACUAACUGCGCUUAGCAUGAUCACAGGAAGACAUUUUAGAACUAUGUUUUCUUUACAAUGAAAACAAAAAGUUGGAUACCGAUAUCUGUAUGUUAAUGUUGGUAAAGACUUCUGACAUGCUUUUUUUUUUUUCCACACUAGAUAAAUGUAUAUUUCCAACUGUUUUGUUCAAUAAAAACAUACUAAAUUAA